AUGAGUCCGGACUUCAACGUCCUGGACCUCGGCUUCUUCAACGCUAUCCAAAGCCAAGUCUUGGACAAGACCUUUAUGACAUUACAAAAGGUGAUGGAAGAAGCGUUCAAGUUGGAAGGUGACAACGUCUACAAGCUGCCGCAUUUGAAGAAGGACAUGCAAUUGAAGUCUGAAACAGUGGAAAACAGUGGCAUUGAGACCUCCAUGCGAUGA